AUUUAUGUUCUCGUUUCAUCACAGAGUACUUUGUAAAUAAUGAGAGAUUUCAUUGCUUGUUCCGUGGAUUUCACCAUUUUUCAAUCCAAGUGAAUUGAGUUCAUUUAAUAACACGUCUGUUCAUUUUCAUCAGCUCUUGAGAGCUCUUGGUUCUGUCUAAACUCUGAUCUGUUACAGUCAGUUAGUACUAAACACAAGACGUAAACUUUACAACUUGUAAAUAGUCGGAUUCAGUUUUAUAUUUUUACAAGCUUUGUGGAUUGAAUUAAUCUCCAGCUACUGCUACUAUUGUCUGUGUGUAUACUACAUUAUAGUGCUCAACUAUUGAAGUGAUUUUGGGCCGUUUAUAAGAGAAAAAUACUUAACUGUGAAUAAAUCACAGCUGUUUUUGUAAGAAUUUUGAUGACACAAUACAAUUUCGAAGACUUUUUGGAUAUGCCUCCUGUCAAGCGCGGAAGACGAGGUGCCAGCGACGUGGAUGAGGGUGACGAGGAGUAUAGACGGAAGAGGGAAAGGAAUAAUGAGGCAGUCAAAAAGAGCAGAGUUAAGUCCAAACAGCAAACACAGGACACAUUUACACGUGUCAAACGGCUGAAGGAAGAAAACCAGGAGUUGGAAGACACCACAAAGAGGUUGACCAAGGAGUUGGAACUCUUGAAGGAACUCUUUAUUGCCACAGCGGCAAACAAGAGUAACCCAAAAUUUGAAGGAAUGGAUCUCGAAGCACUUUUAGCGGAUACACCUGAUAAGUAAUAGGUAUGCUAUAUUCAACUUGAUAGAAGAGUGAAGAAAUAUGAGCCAGCGGUUUUUCUUUUCAUCAAGUUGCUAGUGGUAAGCCGGUAUUUUAAUUGUUUAAUGUUUUUGUUGUAACUCUGUCCUAUUACUGUCUUCUGUAAUAAUGCAUUCUUGUAUAAGAAUGCACAUCUGACUGAUAUUACCAAUACAUGUUGUCAUUAUUAUUUUCUCUCAUAAAUUCCACUUUAUAUCAUUAAUGGCAAUGUUCCAAGCUGCCAUUUUGGGGAAAACUAGUAAUUGGUAUUAUUAAGGCUGGAAACAGUGCUCGACGUAGCUAUAUCUGUGCAAGUCUAUGAAUGCACAGCACACAGCUAUGCUGACAGUUUGUGCAUGAUUUGGUAUGUGAUUCUGGACAUACGGUCAGCACUGACCGUCGCGACGCGUCGCAUCGGCCAAGCACUGUUUCCAGAAAAAGCUUUGGAGCAAGCCAGAAUUUACACUCUGUUUAAUGUUGUACUGAAUUUCUGUAGUUGCAAGAAACUAAUUAAUGCCAUAAGUUUUAGUUUGUAUGUUAUUGUAGAAGUAUUAGAGAUAUGAACAAACAGUAAGGUCUUCUUUGUAAAGUUCAAUUUUUCAAAAUAUAUACCUAAAGUAAACUUUGAUAUGUAAUGAUAAAGUUUAAUUAAGUAUAUGGUAAAUAUGCCAAUGCAGUCAUUACGGGUAGUCUGAAGCCAGUAAGUCUGACACCAGUCUAACCAAAGAGUAUCGGGUUGCCCGGGCAACUGAGUUAAUGAGGUCAGACAGGCAGUCGCAUCUUGUAAAGCACUCGUACUCAGCUGCAUCCGGUUAGACUGGAAGCCGACCCCAACAUGAUUGGGAAACAGGCUCGGAGGAUGAUGAUGGUAAAUAUGCCAAUAUUUUUUUUCAUGUUUGUCAUAAUAUUUUGUACAGGGAUGUAUGCACUUUAUUGAAAAUUUUCUUAUGAUCUGUGAUAUAGUCUAGUUCAUAUUGAAUUGUAUUCUUAUGACGUGAGAAAUUAUUAGCUGAAAGCUAUUUUUUAUUGAUUUUGUAAUCACAACAGUGUUACAGAAAAGUUAAACAGAUGUUUGACACAUGUUUAAGAAAGUUCUGUAUGGAAGUUUUCUGUGUAACUUUAUGCAAUAACACUGACUAAAGGAAAGGGUUGUAAAAAAGGAAACAACAAGUAAUGUAAAUCAAUAAAAUUUAUUAUGGAAAAAUAUUAUCUUACUAUCUACAUUAUUUGUUUGGUUUUAUUGACAUGCAUAUUGAGUCAGUCUAUGAUUUUGAAAUUCAUUGAUUAUUCUUCAUAUUGUCUAUUAAAUCAUGAACAUAAUGUUAGAGGUAACUCAAAAUAGGCAUGUCAUUAAAACCUUACAAAUUCAUAAACAAUAAUGUUUCUCACUGUUACAAUGUAAUUUAUCAAUCUAAGAAUUAAAAUAAUAAAAUUUAAAAUAAACUUGAUAUAAUAAUA